AUGACUAUCACCGAACAAGAAGCUGCCAAGUCGUCUCAUACCCAUCUUGUCAUGGUAAUAGUGGUGGUGUCUUUCUCUCUAUGCGUAUCACUUUUGUUUGUUGCGCUUCGAUUUUGGUGUCGUUGUAUCAUUGGAUUUUCGUAUUGGGACGAUGCUGCUGCUGUCAUGGCUUUGUUGUGUAUAAUAGGAAUGGGAUCUUGUAUACUUACACUUGUACCACUCGGCUUGAACGGCCCUACUGGAACGCUGCCAGAGGACAAGACGACACCGUUUUACAAGAUCGUAACACUAUCUUACUGGCGAUCCGCAUGCCUCGGGGCUAUAAUAGCGGUCGCACUCUGGAACAUCUGUCAAAUUCUGAUAUUCUUUCUCCAAUGCGCCCCCCUCGAGGCCGUAUGGAACCGUGAUAUUCGAAUGAAGUGCGUUACGAAUCGACUAGAGCUUGCAUAUGUUUGCGCUGCAAUCAACAUCUUGACCGAUCUCGUAGUAGCUCUUUUGCCGCUACCCGUUGUUUGGAAGCUCAACCUCCGCCUAUCCCAGAAAAUAGCUCUUUCAACUGUCUUUGGGCUUGGCUCCUUCUCAAUCGCGCUUGCUAUUGUGAGGAUAAAAUGGGUUGAGACGUGGUCGUUUAGUACAUGGGAUAUCGUCAGACCGCAGCUCUGGGCUUUGGCAGAGGUCACUUCAGCACUGGUCUGUGCGUGUAUCCCAACAUUCAAACCGCUCCUCUCGAUGAUUAAUGGUAUAAUUACUGGUCGGAAGAAGAAUUCUACAGAGUUUGUUCUCGAGGGACAUGGGAGCGAUGUUGAGUUCAAUGCGGGAAGCAUCAAACGUAAUGGGGGCUUUGGUGAGAAACCUGGACAUGAAAGGAUUUAUGGAAGCGAGACAUCUGUGCCAGUUGAGCAGGAUCCCUGGCAUAAUGGUAAUAAACUACAAAUUACAGAUGGUCUCAUCCGUCAAGAAACGGGGCGACUGUUCCCCUACAACCCAGAGUUUUACAACAACGCCACAGGCCUAUACGGCCCUGGCACCAUCUAUUGCUGGUACAUGCUUCUCGUUUCUGUCCUUGCCAGUUGGGCUUUCUGUCUAGCGGACGAGGAUGGACCUAAGAAGCCAGGCCUUUCAAGCGAUCUCCUAGGAGCUUUGGCAUACCCUGUAUUUGCCGCGACGGAUUUAGUUGUGCAGUCGAUGCGGAUGCUAAGCAUGGACAAACGCGCACUGGCUAUCUUUUGUUUGCGCAAUCCAGAGGUUAAACUUGACCUAUUUGGUCCUUUUAAUACCACUCAGCUCGACCUGAGUCACAUUCCGCCUGACACGGUGAAACUGGGCCAGCGUGUCAUCGAUAUCACUGGGCCGCUUGCUAUAUGCUAUUCUGCAACACCGUUUCUCCUUAUUCUCAUCAUUGGAUUCAUAGUCGAUACCGACUAUGCGCGGAACUGGAAACCAAAGCCAUCGGCACGUUGGGUGGUAAACAUAGCUUAUGGCUACAUCACACUGAUGCUCACAAUAUUUCACUUCAGUCUGGGUGACAUAUCAAUCAGUUUAUGCAUCGCCCUUUACGAAGCAAUGCUCCCGGUAAUGCUGACUAUCAUCUACCUCUUCACCGCAUUCAUUGGCCUGGCAUUCCUUACCGGUAUCAUCAUGCUGGCAUGGUCCCUGAUCGAAAGAAACCAUAAAGACACAGUGGAAGCUCUCAAAGUACUGGGAGGCUGUAUGUUUUUCGGUGGUCUACUGGUUGUUCCCGCAAUGCUGAUGAUUUAUCGGGACCGCAGUACCACAAUACCGGAUUUGGCAAUCAGAGUCAGUGAAAGGGACCAGUUGGCGACUUUGAUUGUUGGUGCUGUGACGUUGACUUUCACGGUCGUUGAUGUUUUUAGGAACUUUUAUCGGGAGAGACAUCAGGGAGAGGCACCCGAUGAGGAGAUGCAAAUGCUUCCGGCUGCUGAAGCAAACAUUGUGCAUAGCUGA